GACACUCCUUUAAAGAAAACCGGAAACUCAUUGAUGAGGAAGAAAUAGUUAGCAAGCUAGCAACCAACACACACAAAAAAGUUUUAUACUCGUCGUUAUUAAGACUAAAGUCCCUAAAAAUCUUAACAAUGUCGGGGUCAUCGAGUAUCGUGGCGAUGAAGAAAGUCGUCCAACAGCUACGCCUUGAAGCUGGCAUCAACAGAGUGAAGGUGUCCCAGGCCGCGGCGGACCUGCAGCAGUUUUGCCUCCAGAACGCCCAGCAGGACCCUCUGCUCACCGGCAUGUCGUCCAGCAACAACCCGUUCAGACCGCAGAAAGUCUGCUCCUUCCUAUAGCACCGACACACCGACCCCUCUGCCUCUGUGUGGACAUUGUGGUGCCUUGUGGAAAUGGGUUUCAGGACCUGCGCUGUGGACUGGAAUCGUCUCAGGAGUGUUCGGGACUUUGGAGACAAGCGACUAACUUAACUUUUUUUUGUUUUUGUUUUUUUUUACUUUUGCCUUUGUAAAAUCUCAUACUGAAACAUUUCCAGGUGCUCACGUGACACCAUAAAUGUCUUAACCUACUUGCUUAGAAGUAACUAAUCCAUAUCAACACACACACAUGUGCCUUUUGAACUGUACAUUUUUCAUGCCUCAUUGUGAAAAUAAAUAAAUGGUGUUUCCACAUUUUAAA